GUUUGCAUCAGAUCUCACAGAACAAGGUGGCAGUGCUGCUCCUGGCUGGAGGACAAGGAACUCGCCUGGGAGUGAGCUAUCCCAAGGGCAUGUACAAUGUGGGGUUGCCCAGUGGCAAGACCUUGUAUCAGAUCCAAGCAGAAAGAAUCCACAAAGUGGAGCAGCUCGCUGGCCAGAGACACCACUGCAAGUGUGCCAUCGCCUGGUACAUCAUGACAAGUGAGUUCACGCUGGGGCCAACAGAGCAGUUCUUUGUAGAACAUGACUACUUCAACCUGGAUAGAUCCAAUGUGGUCAUGUUUGAACAGAGGAUGCUGCCUGCUGUCACCUUUGAUGGGAAGGCCAUCUUGGAGGAGAAGGGGAAAAUUGCUAUGGCUCCAGAUGGCAAUGGUGGCUUAUACCGUGCUUUGGUGGAUAAUAAGAUCUUGGAUGAUAUGAAGCAGCGUGGAAUCCAGUAUGUCCAUGUAUACUGUGUGGACAAUAUCCUUGUGAAAAUGGCAGAUCCAGUCUUCAUAGGCUUCUGUGUUUCCAAAGGGGCAGAUUGUGGUGCAAAGGUGGUGGAGAAGGCCUACCCCACAGAGCCUGUUGGGGUGGUGUGCUGUGUGGAUGGGGUCUACCAGGUGGUGGAGUACAGUGAGAUCAGCCUGGAGACUGCGCAGCAGCAAAGCCCCGAUGGGGGACUAAUGUACAGCACUGGCAAUAUCUGCAACCAUUUCUUCACAGUUGAGUUCCUGGAGACAGUGGCCCAGAAAUAUGAGCCGCAGCUGAGGCAUCACGUAGCCAUAAAGAAGGUGCCCUACAUUGACGAGGAGGGAAAUCUGGUAAAACCGUUAAAACCGAACGGGAUUAAGCUGGAGAAGUUUGUGUUUGAUGUGUUCCAGUUCUCUAAGAAUUUUGUAGCAUUUGAAGUUUUGAGAGAAGAGGAGUUCUCACCACUAAAAAAUGCAGAUGCAGCUGACAAAGACACUCCUACCACUGCUCGGCAAGCUCUCCUGGCCCAGCAUUACCGCUGGGCUCUCAAGGCUGGGGCCAGAUUUCUGGAUGAAAAUGGUUGCAGGAUACCGGAGAAACUCAGUCUCUCAGGAACUGAAGAUCCUCCGGCUGUGUGUGAGAUUUCUCCCUUAGUGUCUUACUUUGGAGAGGGUCUGGAGGUGUACAUGAAGAACAAAGACUUCCCUUCUCCCUUUGUACUCAAUGAAAACACAGGGGAAAUGCUAGGAAAUUCUUGA